AUGGAAGAAUCUGGUAUUGAUGAUUUGUAUCCAGAAUAUGGUGGUCUAGAAAACAGAUUUUUGUCUCAUAUAAGUGCGACCGUACAAAUCCUGGUGGAAAGUUUAAAAAUUAGAGGGAUCAUUGACUACGGAAAUGCUGGAGUAGUUAGUCCUUCUCUUGGAUUUGGUGAUGUUGCUGUGCUCAGUAAAACUGCCUUCGCUAGUGCAUGGACUUGGGAGGAAUAUGAAAGCAAUUCGAAUUCGUUGGAAGCAUUAGCAUCGUUGAAAAUAGGAAAAUACAAUGUUCCAAAAGCAGGAGAAAACGAGUUGGGCAGUUUAAAGUUUAAUAAGAUCCCAAAAUACACACCAUACAGUGGAAACAAGGAAACCUUCUCGUAUUACAUUGAUCCUGAUUGUAACACUAGAAAAAAAUGCGUGAACGAGGUGUGCAACGUAGUAGUACCAAGUGUAGCAUAUGGAGCAAAAGGAGCAUCAUCUGAUAUUUACGUCAGCAACGUCGCUUACGCUGAAUUCCUUCACGAUAAAUUUGGUUUUUCCACCGUUGAUAGUGUUAUGAAUGUGUACCGAUCAACUGCUGUAGCAAAUGGAGUGAACCAUGUUGAGUUCCGCGGGGCAUCAAACAAGCCAGGAGUAGCAGGAAGUCCAGUCAAUGGUGCUUUGGCCAGCAAAAACACCCUCAAAAUGGUUGCUGCUUUUAUUGAUCAACUCCCUAAAAUUGUUCCCAUUUAA